GCAGCACUUGCAGCUGUCUCUCAGCGGCUAACUUGGCUUUCUGGUAGUCUAUAUCGUUCACAUUUGCUAGCUUUAUCCACUCCCUCGUAAUGAACUUCAACGGCCAAGAUAAUCUUGUUCUGGUGGCGCCUCGCCCGGUGCGGUUGUCUUCAGGUACCCACUUCGCCCUUGAUCGCUACAAUCGUCUUGUAUCAGCCCCUGCCGAACAGAACGAUGGGGUAUCUGCGGGAGAUGCGCGCCAGCAAACACCUUUCGAAGAGUCCAAGCUUGAUGUUUUCCUCAAUUCUGCUGCAUCACUGGGUAGAGACUCCGCUUCGCCGCGUGCGCCGUCCAGAUGUAGCCUUCCUUCCGAAGCGCUGGAAGAAUUUUUAUCCAUUUUGAGACCAUCGUCGCUCUUUACGCCGUCAUCGCCACUCUUUCGCCCUCUACACGGGCGGACUAUGUCAAUCUCUUCGCUCCAUUCACCCCAGAUGCGAGCUCUCCAUGACCGCAAUAACUCCCCUAGUCCUGUUGCUUACAUGGAAGUUGAUCGCGUGAUCAAUGGCAGGAGGACCCCCCAUAAGCUUUUGAAGGACAAGGAGAAUACCGAUGGCGCGCACGAAGCACUGCAGCCUGGCGCUUUCCACUCCAGCCUUCUUUCCUCUCCUGUCUCCCGCUUUCAUACUCGCAACCCGUUCCAGCGCCAUCCUUCCUACGAGGUCAUGUCCGGGCUCGUCCCUCCCGCAAGCUCAGCCAUGUCACCGGCAUUGGUCCCUUUGCCCUCUCCGACGCCCACCGAGCUGGACCUGUGAUUUGCAAGCCCAACUAUGACUCGCCGUCGACACGAACAUACCAAGACUAUACCGUCAUGGCUAUGUAACUAGUGUUUUGCAGUGUCCGUUUCUCGUAUGUAGCGUCCUGCCUAUUCCGAUGUAACUUAUGGCUCCCCGGCUAUUAUUCCCCUUCUUUCACCUCUAGUGACCUAUAUUCGUUGUUAUAUAUCCUUUCGGUUUGUACGUCUUCGGGCAUUGGUUAGUAUACCCCCUUUGUGGAUAUAUAUUAUAUCUGUGGUAUGUUGUCUAGUUAACACGAAUCAACAAUUGUACUUAGUCAC